GGUUGGGGAGGUAUUAAAAAAAAUGUUAUGAGAAGCGUAAAAAAAGAGAAGUAAAACAGCGAUCGGCGAAUGAGUAACCUAGCUCAGAGUGAGGGGAGAAAAGUAGUGUGAUAGAGAUAGAGAGAAAAAACCCGUUGAGAGGUGGUUGUGGGGGGGGCGGAUCUGCCGUCAGAUGCACCGACGCCGGUCAGUGGUUUCUGCAACCGCUUUAGGCCGCAGGCUGAGGCCUACGCACAUCCUCCUACACUCACACACAAACCCCAGGGAUAACGUUACACUUCACCGGAGCAAUAAAAUCCUCAGUGACGCUGAGCGAGGGGCAGCAGCAGCAGCAUCGUGAUUGGGCUUUACCCUGGAUUGGACCACGACCUCCUCUUUCUAUGCUGCCUAGAAAUGGUUUCAGCCUACAGCUGAGGAAGGAUGUAAUUUGGUCUACCAUAAAGAGAACAGCCUUUCUAGCCAAGGAGCAAGCAUUUGUGCAGCAAUAGCAGAUUCAUUCUUCUUCGUUGGUCCCUGGGUAUACCUACAAGGUCUGUCGAACUCCGCACAGCGUGAAAAUGGAUGAGCAAAGUGUUGAAAGUAUUGCAGAGGUGUUCAGGUGCUUUAUUUGUAUGGAGAAGUUGCGUGAUGCCAGGCUCUGUCCACAUUGUUCAAAGCUUUGUUGUUUCAGUUGCAUAAGGCGCUGGUUAACAGAGCAGAGAGCCCAGUGCCCACAUUGCAGGGCACCUCUUCAGUUACGAGAGCUUGUGAACUGUCGCUGGGCAGAGGAAGUUACGCAACAACUGGACACGCUCCAACUGUGUAAUCUCAGUAAGCAUGAGGAGAAUGACAAAGACAAGUGUGACAGUCACCAUGAGAAGCUGAGUGUAUUCUGUUGGACAUGCAAGAAGUGCAUCUGCCAUCAAUGUGCACUUUGGGGCGGAAUGCAUGGGGGCCACACAUUCAAACCAUUAGCUGAGAUUUAUGAACAGCACGUUACAAAAGUUAAUGAUGAAGUGGCAAAGCUGCGUCGUCGAUUGAUGGAACUGAUCAGUUUGGUGCAGGAAGUGGAAAGAAACGUGGAAGCAGUACGCAGUGCAAAGGAUGAACGUGUCAGAGAGAUUAGGAAUGCUGUGGAAAUGAUGAUUGCGAGACUGGACACACAUCUGAAAAACAAACUUAUAACUUUAAUGGGUCAGAAAACAUCAUUGACUCAGGAGACUGAACUGCUCGAGUCACUGCUACAGGAAGUAGAACAUCAGCUGCGAUCCUGCAGUAAAAGUGAAUUAAUUCUGAAAAGUCAAGAAAUCCUGCUAAUGUUCCAACAAGUCCAUCGUAAACCCAUGGCUUCAUUUGUCACAACACCUGUCCCACCAGACUUCACCAGUGAACUGGUUCCUGCUUAUGACUUCAGUACAUUUGUUCUGUCCAAUUUCAGCACUUUGCGACAGCGUGCAGACCCAGUGUACAGUCCACCUCUGCAAGUGUCUGGACUUUGCUGGAGACUGAAGGUUUACCCGGAUGGAAAUGGAGUUGUGCGAGGCAAUUACCUGUCAGUGUUUCUGGAACUCUCUGCAGGACUCCCUGAAACAUCUAAGUAUGAGUACCGCGUGGAGAUGGUUCAUCAAGCCUCUAAUGAUCCAACUAAAAACAUUAUUCGAGAAUUUGCUUCUGAUUUUGAGGUUGGAGAAUGCUGGGGUUACAAUCGUUUCUUCCGAUUGGAUCUUCUUCCCAGUGAGGGUUACCUGAAUAUGCAGAAUGAUACCUUGGUGCUCAGGUACCAGGUGCGUGCUCCUACAUUCUUCCAGAAGUGCCGUGAUCAAAAUUGGUACAUCAGCCAACUCGAGGUGGCUCAGACAGGUUACAUUCAGCAAGUCAACAAUCUCAAAGAGCGAUUGGCCAUUGAACUUUCACGUAACAGGACAGCACAAAGUUUAUCGCCACCCGACACACGCUUGAGUCCACAAACUAAUGAUUGCUUAGACACAAGGACAAAAAAGCUUGUUCAUAAUGAAGAUUUACCAGCAGAGGGAGCAUGUUCGGUACUGCCAAACAACCAGGUGAAAGUGGAGGAUGAAGAGGACAAGACCGUGCAGGAUGACUCCAAUCAUGAUCUGUCUGAUGGUGAUUUGGACAUCGAAUGCCUCACUGUGGAUGAUGAAUUGAUCCAACUUGAUGGCAGCAGUUCAUCUGCUAGUUCCACAGCAACCAGUAAUACAGAGGAAAAUGACAUUGAUGAGGAGACUAUGUCUGGAGAGAAUGAUGUUGAAUACAGCAACAACAUGGAUCUGGAGGAAGGAGAGUUGGAUGAUUCGGCUGGAGCUUCCGGAGGGCUGAGCAACCGUAGCAAGUCCUCAAGAAGGGGCAUGGGCAGUCUAGCAUCUGCAGCCAGCAGCAGUCUACUCGACAUUGACCCAGUUAUUCUCAUACAGCUAUUGGACCUGAAGGACCGGAGUAGUAUGGAAAACUUGUGGGGCCUUCAACCACGCCCACCAGCUUCCCUCCUGCACUCUGCAGCUCAAUGUCGGAAAGAUCGUGAGCAGCGGAGACAGCAGACUGUGCGUCGAUCGCCUCCUAAUUCCGGGGUUCUGAAGAGAUUGAAGGCCCAAAUGGCUGAAGUCAGGAGCAAAAUGUCUGAAGUCAAAAGCCAAAUGUCUGAGGCGCGAAGUAACACAGUAUCAUGUGCUGAUUUGGGGAUGAAUUGCACCACUUAUGUAGGAGAACAAGGAACAUCAGGGACAUGUGGAAUUGACAACAUUCGGAGAAAUGAAUCUGGACUAGAUCUCCUUUCCAAUUACAUAUCAUUUGCAUCUACAAAGAAGUGUGGAUCUCCAAGACAUAGUCGCUCAAGUUCAGGGACUAGUUUCUCUCUCCGUAGAGCUCUGGAAUGUGGUGAUAAAGAUCUCCACUGCCAAGAAAAUUGUCAAUCCAGCACAACAGGACUGUCAAAGCCUAGCAGUAGACGAGGAUCACCACAUUCUGUAAUCAAGGCAAAUGACUUGGAAGCUCCAUCAACCUGUAAGGCUGAGGACAGAGCUUUUACUGUUACUGCAUCUGACCAGUUCAGUAACACUGCAUUGAAUGGACUGGCAGCACUUGAAAUUACACGGAAAGUUGCCAGUUUAGGGUCAGUAACCCAGUGCAGUUUAACAGACAACCAGCAAUGUUCUGACUCUGAUAAUGCAAGCACUGCAGGAACACGUGUUUCACCUCUUGAGGAUACAUCGGGUAGGCCAGAAGAAGUUGCAUUGCUUCAGAAAAAGGCCCUUCAUUUACUUCCUGGUAUGAGCAGUGAUAGUGAGAGUGAAUGUGAAACUGAGAUUGAGGAGCAAGAAGGGAACAUGGCCACAGAGCUUGUGACUCAUAACUUCACUACUCAAAAUUCUGGAGAAGAUCAUAAGGACCUUGUCCAUGGAAGACAUUUUUAUCCAAAUUUUGGUGAAACUGUGGAAGAGAUUGCUAAAGGAAUUUGCCCAUCUUUAAUAAGUAGGAUAAAGGAAAUAACCUGUAACAUCCCAUUUGAAGCUAAUGCUUGCCUGUUACUCAUGCAGUACACCAGCUGUAUGUUGCAGCAAGAUCCCAGUAAACCUUUGCACUGAUGGAUUUUCUUUCUCUGUGUUUCCUCAUUGGGAUGGAGUGAGUUACACAACCAUUUGAUGGACAGUCGGAAUUCUUGUUGAAUGUUGCCUUCAGAGCUGGUGUGAACUGCACUUUCUAUUCACAAGCCUGUCAUGCAACAUUCCUUCCAGAAUGUUUUUCAGGAUUUAGGCUGCAUCUUCUAGGGAGGGGGGGGGAGAAAAAAGUUUAAUAAUAAACGAUAAUGUAUUGGAAUGAUUUGCUUGCAAGUAUAAUCACUAAAGUGAAGUGGAAAAUGGUGAGGUUCUUUAAUUGAAGCCAGUUUACAAACAUACUCAGCAACCAGUUGCUGGUUGGGUGCAUCUUAAAUGCCACUUAAACAAAACUGUUAUUUUUGGAGCAGCCCAGCAGGUGAGUCCUGCUAUUAACGUCCUGUGCACUGGAUUAUUGGUUCUAACGUAGCUGAGCUUGUGAGCAGUCCACUCUAAGUAUUCUCAAGCAAGUCAGAACACCUUUUCUCAAGCAGCCUACUUGCUAACUUUCAUAAAAUAUAUAUUUCUUUAACUCUUUCUGGGUGAGAGGGUGAAGGUAUCUUGCAAACAAUUAUUUUCUGCUCCUAAUUCCCAAUAUUUGGCCAGAACAACUGGCAGGCAACGUUAUGCUAAUCCUUUGUCUCUUUAUUGGCAGAAAAUGAGCCCUAGUCCCCUGGACACAUCUGGUCUUUCCUCAGCAGAGUGCAUGACUAAAUUGGGGAGGUGCCAUGGAGGAGAAGGUGCAAUGCUGUAACCCAAAAGUGCCAUUGUGUCUCUUGGGAUUAUCUUUUAUGCAGAUUGCAGACCACUGCCUAAACUGAUUGUGAGAUUGUAAAAUAUCCCACUUUGGUAGACCAACAAAUUAAUAAUCUAAUCGAAUAAAGCAGUAAGUAGGCAUUAUUGGCUGAUAUAAGGUGACUUUGUAAUUCCAUGCAUGCUAUGAUGCGAAGACCAUUUUGGAUUCAGGAUGACGGGCAUUCACAGUGUAGUGUUGUAUUUUCCCUGUCUCUGAUGCAGUGAACACAGAAUAGAGUGAUAUAUUACAUAAUAACUACUUAGCUCCACACUUGUAAAUUUGAUCUAUUCAUGCCUUUGUACUUUCUUUUAAUGUAAUGUGCAUUUUAGCAAAGUUACCUGAAUGUUAUGUCCUUGCUGUGAUUAAUUGCUGUUAAGUGCCCGUGUUCUAACUGGCCAUGUUUAACUGCUAGUCCAUUGCUCCUCUGCACAGUAAAGUUAUACUGUAGCUUUGAUUACCGUGAGCAGUGGUUACUUGUUCCAUAGUUCUCAUUGUUGACACAGUUAUGAUUGUAGAUUUCUGGGCCUGAUGCUUAGUGUCUAACAUAUUUCUGAGCAAAAGUUCUCCUACGGUUUGGCACCAUUGUGCCCUGGAUCAGAUUGCUGAACACCUCCAAAUCUUGUUGUGUGGAAGGAAACUCUGGAGAAAGAUUCAGUGGUCUGCUGGUCAGGAGUUUUAUGAGUAAUGAACUCCAGAUGUCUUCAGGAUUAAAAUUUAACAUACUCUUCCAAAAGUUGGGAAUGCUUUCGUCACGUUGUAAGGUUAUUUGCAUCUGAUUGUCAAUUAUAAUUUCUAUGUUAAAGAUGAAGCUAAGAUUCCAACAUAUGCUUUCAAAUGAAUUUAUUUUCCAUCUAAGUACCCUGUUUAUUUAUUUCUAUCUCCUGCUUUGGAGCAGCUAUUCUGCAUGAUCCGCAAAGGUACACUUCUCUGCGAUUUGCUUUUCUUACAGCAGGCCCAACAGGCAAUCAUUUUGUAGAUUUCCUUUUUGUUAUGUAGAUGUACCUCAGUAGUGCAAACCACUGUCUUCCUCUGGGAAUUCUCAAAGCUGCUGGUUAAAGAGCUGGUUCCUUUCUGUUAAGAGAAGCCUUUACAUAAAUUCUGAGGCUUUAUAUGGUUGCUAAAUGUCUCCUCUUCUCUGAGCUUCUCUUCAUAAUAGCAGUUUGUUCUGUCAGCAUUAGAAUCUGACGGUAUAUUUUCGUCCAGUGUCAUUGUCCUCAAAUUAAUUGUACCAAAAUUAAACAUUCCAUGUUGCUGAAAAUGAAAUAAUAGUUGCUGGUAUAAGUAGAUAUUUCUGGUAGUUUCUGCUGGUUUGGUCGACAUGUAGACUCUAUCCUUUUUCACCGACCCUGCUCAUAUGUGGAGAGAUUUUAUUUUUAAAUAUGUUUUCUAUUAUUUGCAGUUCUUCUCUUGGAUGGCAAUAGAUAAUUUGCCCUGAAUGCAUGUGUCUUUGCUGUAAUUCUGCUUACGCACCACCAUCAGUAUUCUCCCCCGCCCACCCCUCCAAAAAAAAAGCUAACUUAUUCUGCCAGUGCUAUAUUUAACUCUGAACAUUUCAGUUUUUUUUAAAUGCAUUUUGGAGUCUUGGUUUCUGUGAAUUUAUUUUUGUGUUGUGCUUUCUGGGGUGGUUCUUACUGAGGGAACUUACAGUUCAAGCAACAGUUCCUUUGUCAAUCAUUGCUCGUGGUCUAAUCUGUAUAGUAGAAAGCUGCUUACUGAUGUACAGUCACUGAGUGCUGUUUGUGAGAUACAUGGUGAAAUCCUCUCUGAAUGUGAUGCACCUUGUACUGUGAAAUACUGUUUAGAAAAGCUACGGUUUAUCUGUAAUGUAAUAUUGUGUUUGCUUUUUAAAUACUGUCUCGUGUUUACAUGAUCACAUUUAAGCACUUUUUUAGUUAAUAAAACUGAAAGAUAUUAAUUCUUGGUCAGGGUUUGCUUCCUCUGAACAGGGAGGGGUGGAUGGUUUAGUGAAUCAGUUUUCAGCAAGGGACUAUCUUUCUUCAGAGAUGUAAAAACUGUAGGAUUUUGGCAGUUGAUUUUACAGUCUGAGAGAAAGUAGGCAACCAAUAUGAAUGCUCUUUGCUAUAAAAAUGCUUUGUCUCUUGAACUUCUCAAAGUGCCUGUCGUAAUGCAUUCAACAUGUUGAGUGUAUUUGCAAAUUAAGUUGCCAAAUUGCACGGAGAUUCCACAAUACCGAUGAAGUGUGAAUUGUAUUUGUCCAGCCCAUGAUAUCUGGCAGUUCUGAAGAAGGGUCACAGGACUCAAAAGAUUAACUCUGUUUUCUCUCCAUAGAGAAACUAGCAUCUAUCAGUUUCUGUUUUUGUUACAGAACCCAUCUGUCCUCUCGGGUGGACCGAGGAGAUGACUUGGCAUUAUUUUAACAACAACCAAAGUAAUUCUCCCUGUUGUUCACAGCCACUAUUGAUCCCUUACAUCACUAAGAUACAAAUUUAUCCAGUAUUUAUCUCAUUGCUGCUUGUGGGUGUUUGCUGCACACAGAUUGGUUGCCAGAUUUUCCACAUUACAACAGUAUGCUUCAAAAAGACUUAAUUGAAAAAUUUGCUAAUGUGGUCAAGAAUAAAUACCUGUUCUUUCUUUUAAUGUUGGACUUUGUCCUUGAGCCAUGAUAUUUUACAGGAUCCUUUAGUAUUAUAAUGGGUAGCUGUUACAGAUGUGAGUCCAUGUUCAACAGUGUGAAAUGUGGAGAAGCAUAUAUUGAAGGGACUGCUGUUUACUGAGAAUCCUUUUGCUACUUAGGCUCUCAGGUGCCACCUCAACACCCUGACAAGAGGUCUGGUCUGAUAACCAAGAAUUAAUCGUUUGGCUGAUUUUUGUUUUGAAAGAAGAAAAGCAGGAGGGAGAAACACAAUACGUACUCAUGUACCAAAUUAGGCCAGUUGAAUCUGUCCAAAUCUUUGUAAGUAAACCAAUUCAGCUUGUCUCCCCUUUCUAGGAUUUUGAUGGAGACAUCUAGAGUCGUAGAUGUUUACAGCAUGGAAAUAGGCUUUUUGGCCCAACUUGUCCAUUUCAAGCAGGUUUUCUGAGUUGAAAUGGCCCAAUUUUCUUGCAUCUGACCCAUAUCCCUCUAAACCUUUCCUAUCCAUGUACCUGCCCAAAUGCCUUCUAAAUGUAGGAAUUGUAUCUAUCUCUACCACUUCCUCUGGCAGCUUGUUCCACAUACACACAACUCUCUGGAAAACGUUGUCCCUCGUGUCCCCUUUUAAAUCUUUCCCCUCUCACCUUAGACCUAUGCCAACUAGUUUUGGAUUCCCCUUUCCUGGGAAAAAGACCUUUGCUAUUUACUUUCUCUGUCCCUCAUGAUUUUAUAAACCUCUAUAAGGUAACCCCUCAGCCUCCUGGACUCCAGGGAAAAUGUUCCAGCCUCCCCUUAUAGCAUGAUGCAGAAAAAAAUAAAUUUGUAUUUUUUUCCAUUCUUUGAAUGUGUGUCACCGACUGCGUUUAUUAUCCAAGGGCCAGUUUGGCGUCAUAUGUUAGCUGAACACUUAAAAGUCAGCAGAUUUCCUUCACUGAAAGACAUUUCCAAACAACAACCAGCCUUGUGGGCACCAUUUAGCAAACUUUCUUUCCAGAUUUAUUUUAAUAUUGAAUUCAAAAUUCACUAUCCGCCAUAGUGAGAGUUCAAAUCCCUAGAGCAUUAACCUGGGUGUUCUGGAUUCCCAAUGACGUAACUACGACAUCAUCUAUCUUCACACCAUCUUAAAACUAUUGA